AUGGGAAAAGCUUCACGGUGGUUUAAGAAUCUAUUCGGACUUAAGAAACCCGACCCGGGUUAUCCGGAUCCAUCCGUCGAGACGCCUUCUCGCUCUUACCCAAAACGCCGAUGGAGCUUCGUCAAAUCCAAACGCGAAAGAGAAAUCGCACCGCCGAAUCAGAGUCCUUUUCCUUCUUCGUCGCAACCGAGCUCGACGCCGCCACCGCCACCGACACACCACCAAUCGUCGCCGUCGUCUGACCGUCGUCGGCGGAAACAUAAGCCGAUGUGGGAGGACGAAGGAGGAGGCGGAGAAGAUUCGGACAAACACGCAAUUGCCGUCGCCGCCGCGACUGCUGUGGCUGCGGAGGCCGCCGUCGCCGCAGCUCAUGCCGCCGCUGCGGUUGUCAGGCUCACGAGCACGAGCGGGAGGUCGACUCGUAGUCCCGUCGCGGCGCAUUUUAGCGGCGGGUUCGACGAUGUUGCUGCGCAUGUUAGCAGGUUCGACGGACACGGACACGGUCACGGCCACGACAGUCGUAGAGAGCUUGCGGCGAUUAAGAUACAAUCUGCAUUUCGCGGUUAUUUGUCAAGGAGAGCGUUAAGGGCACUAAAAGGCUUGGUCAAGCUUCAAGCUAUAGUUAGAGGCCAUAUCGAAAGAAAGAGAAUGUCAGUCCAUCUGCGCAGGAUGCACGCUUUGGUUCGAGCUCAAGCUCGCAUCCGUGCCAAUAGGGUUAUUGUCACGCCUGAAUCCUCUUCUUCUCAAUCCAACAAUACCAAAUCUUCUUACUUCCAAAACCCCGGUCCACCAACGCCGGAAAAACUAGAGCAUUCAAUCUCUUCUCGCAGCUCUAAGCUCGGUCAUUCUCAUCUUUUCAAGAGAAACGGUUCCAAGGCAAGCAACAACAACAGACCAUACACUGCUCACAGAGAAAUAUUCUCAGCGAUGAACGAAGAAGAAAAGAUCCUUGAAAUCGACAGGAAACACAACAGUUCUUACACAAGACGCAGCAGACCGGACAUGUUUUACUCAUCGCACCUAGUCCUAGACAAUGCAGGCAGGUCUGAGCCAAUUUACACAAUGCCUUUUAGCCCGUCCUCGUCACAUGAGGAGACCGUAAGCCAGUUUUGCACAGCAGACAACAGUCCUCAGCUACAUUCAGCUACUUCUAGAAGCAAACGCAGUGCUUUCACGGCUAGUUCUAUUGCACCGAGUGAUUGCACCCAAAGCUGCUGCUACGCGGACCAUCCAAGCUACAUGGCUUGUACAGAGUCCUCUAGGGCCAAGGCUCGCUCUGCUAGUGCCCCCAAGUCGCGACCGCAGUUAUACUACGAGCAGUCUUCUUCGAAACGGUUUGGAUAUGUCGAUUUGCCAUACUGUGGUGAUUCGAGGUCAGGUCCGCAGAAAGUUUCUGCAUUGCACACUAGUUUCAUGAACAAGGCUUAUCCCGGUUCUGGUCGGUUGGACCGGCUCGGGAUGCCAAUUGGUUAUAGGUACUGAGAAAAGCAAGCUGUUGGAUCGAGUUUGUUCUACUUGGUUCGGGUAGAAUCAAUUGAAAAAGUAAAGAACCGGUUAAACCCGGUUUUGUUGUAGAUCACUGGACUGAGAUUUGGUGUUAAUUUUCUUAGUUUGUAGUUUGGAGUAAGUGGAUUAAAUCUAAAAUGCAAAUAGAACUUGCUUGAUUAUAAUGUUGACUUGCUCGAUAUUCCUAAGUUGUAACUUUUUGUUUU